AUGUUGGUGAACUCGAAGAAGAUAUCGGAAAUGUCCGACAGCAAGUUCGAGGAACUCAUAACACUCGUAAGAUACUCAGCUUUAAAUGCCUCUGAACUUUCCUCCAAUGUUGCCAUUUCGUUUUUGUCAAAUAUGCUCAAAGAUUCCAAAGUCUACGGACCGCCGAAUUAUGAAGUUACAAAUGAGGAGGAAAGAAGGUUUAUUGAUCUCUAUGGAGAGGAGAGAAUGUCAGAAGAUCACGGAGAUACAAGUUCAGUUUCUCCUAAAAGCAGGAAAUUUAGCAGAGUUUCGUCAAUCAGAGCACGAAUAACUAGGAUUAUGUCCUUGUUUAGAUUAAGUAGAAAGAAUUCAAGAAUGGAUUCAAAGGCUAUUUUGGAGCCUGAAUCUGUUUCCAAAAGGGAGAAGUUUUACAUUUCUUACGCAGACUUAAUGGUUCCCAGCACUCUUGAAUAUGAUCCUAAGCGUCUGGAUAUUCCCAUUUAUGACUUUAGAAGAAGUAGCUUAUCUUUUUCUGAAUCAAUCGAAAUCAAAAUCGCAACCAAUGACAACACUAGUGAAGUACCUGAACCGAAACCAUACCCACUGUUACUUGAAUCUAAUACUCUUUUCCGCCAAAAACACCCCUGGUUACAUCCCACGCUCUCCUUCACCAAACUCUGUAAGAUAAAGUAUAACUUUAUGUUAUUGCCCAAUUUGAUACAACAUGUGGAUCCAUCAACAUCAGCAAUUGCAUGGACAUUAUUUGAGAGACUCGUUCUUAAUGGCAUUAUAACCAAGUUUAACAGGAAGCUGUUCUCAUCUGUGUGUUACAUUAUUGCAUACAAGUUCAACCAGGACUUUGAGUAUGAGGUGAUCAACGAAAUCCUGACCAUCUUUAAACGUGAAAAGAACGUUGACGGAAAGUCGAUUUUCUACAACGAAAUGAAGAUUUUUGCACUUUUGGAUUUUUCUCUUAAACUCAAGUAUACUUAUAUCCAAACUCACAUUAACCAUUAUUUGGACUUCAAUAAAACUAGCUUCUUUGAACUCUACGACACUCCUGAAUCCACCUACACCAUGCUUGAACUCGAUUAA